AUGCCCGAUCCACUUGAUAGUGUUACCGCUAGAAUCGUUACUAGAAUCGAAGCUUUACUCCACCUUGGUAACACAGUCCAUCAAUAUCUAAAUAAUAUCAAAGACCCAAUCACAGAUUACAGCAAUAUCAUCAACGAGAUCAACUCUAUAUAUGAAAUCCUUUCUACUUUACAAGCUAAUAUACAAAACAAUUCAAUCAAUAAUGAAGAUUGGUCGACAAUUUUUCAAAGACUUGAAGACUCCGAUGGCCCAUUAAACCUCUUAAAGACAGCACUCCAGGAAUUAACUACGAAAUUCGAGGAUACAGCUUCUACCAUAGAUGUUAGGGUUCUUCCAUGGGAUUUCAAGCAGAAUGAAGCAGAGGAACUCUUCCGAUUUGUUACAAAGCAGAGAUCCUUACUAUCUUUGGCUUUGAGGAAUAACUAUGUUGCACCUUCGACGGAUAUCCACAGUAAUACACUCCCUAUUCGUGAUAUCGAGAAUACAAACCUUCAUAAACGAUAUUACACAAAUCAUGAUACAACUUUCAACUCGCAGUAUCAAGAUGAUAAAUCCCGAUAUAUACCUGAAACACAGUCUAAACGACAGAGAAUUAAUCGACAAGGCAAUUUUACAAACGCGGGCGGGUCACAAUUCAUUGCAUCAAACCUUAAUUCUGGAGGAGGGUCUAUUAAUAUCAAUACUCACACCUUGGAAAACCGCUGCCUAAUCGACCUACGAACCACCGAUCCACGAUUGGACAAGAGACGUAUCGAAGAGACUAAAGGAGGACUACUCGAUAAUGUAUAUAAUUGGAUUUUCGAUAAUAGUGAUUUUCAACAAUGGCACUUUAACCGAGAUGAUCGCCUACUUUGGAUUAAAGGAGAUCCUGGUAAGGGCAAGACCAUGUUGCUCUGUGGUAUAAUAAAUGAGCUGCAGAGAUCGGAUGAGACUGCCUUAGCCUAUUUCUUUUGCCAAGGCACUGAUGCACGCAUUAAUAGUGCUGUAGCUGUUCUACGUGGCCUUAUCUAUAUGCUCCUAGAUCGGCAGCCUGCCCUUCUCUCGCAUUUACAAAAGAGAUAUGAGAAGGCAGGGGAACAGUUAUUCAAAGAUGCUAAUACCUUUAUAGCACUCUCUGAGAUUUUGAAGGAUAUCUUGCAUGAUAAGAAUUUGAAGCCGACGAUCUUGAUUAUUGAUGCACUUGAUGAAUGCCAAAAAGACCUGCCACAAUUACUUCGCCUAAUUGUUUCGGGCUUAUCCAUUUCUUCUCGUGUUAAAUGGCUUGUCUCUAGUCGGAACUGGCCCGAAAUCGAAGAGCAGUUACAACAGGCCGAACAGGGAACCUGGCUCAGUCUCGAGCUGAAUGCUGAAUCAGUAUCUGCUGCUGUCAGGUGGUAUAUCCAAGAGAAGGUGAAAUAUCUUGCGAGAACAAAAAAAUACACAACGAAGACAAAGGAUACUAUCGAACGUUAUCUCCUAGAACAUGCAAAUGGAACUUUUCUUUGGGUGGCUUUAGUUUGUCAAAAUCUUGAAAAAGCUCGAUUAUUCACGAAUUCAAAGCUACAAGAUUACCCUUCCGAACUUGAUCCUUUAUAUAAUCGUAUGAUGGAACAGAUAGUAGAUAUGGAAGAUAUCGAGGCGGCUCAGAUAUGCCUUCAGAUCCUGGCUAUUGUAGUAAUAGCAUAUCGGCCUCUUACGCUUGACGAACUAAUGUCCCUGAUGGAGAUGAAUAAUGAGAAUCCACUAGAGGAAAUAAUACAACUUUGUGGUUCCUUUUUGGUUUCUCGUAACAGGAGUGUAUUCUUUGUUCAUCAAUCAGCGAAAGAUUUCCUUUCUAAAAAGGCUGCUAGAAGGAUAUUUCCCGAUGGAAUUAGCAAAGUCCAUGAUAAGGUAUUUCGAAAUUCGGUAACAAUUAUGAGUAACACUCUAAAACACAAUAUAUACGACUUGUGUCAUCCCGGUUUCCCUAUUGAUAAAGUCAAGCAGCCUGAUCCCGACCCAUUGGCAUGUGUACAGUAUUCCUGUAUCUACUGGGUUGAUCAUUUAAAAAAUGGAGAUCCUGAACAAAAGAAAGAAUAUAUUCAAGAUAAUGGUUAUAUUCAUAUAUUCCUAAAAAAGCGUUUGCUGCAUUGGCUGGAGGUUAUGAGCUUGAUAAAGAAAAUUUCAGAGGGUAUCAUUGCAAUAAGCUCUUUAGAAUCGUAUUUUUCUAAUAUUAAAGGUUCUGAACUUUAUACCUUUAUAUAUGAUGCUAAACGAUUCUUGCUACACAAUCGAGUAGGAAUUGAACAAGCUCCUCUUCAAAUCUAUUGCUCGGCUCUUUUCUUUGCUCCAGAGAAUAGUAUUAUUCGAAAAACAUUUCAAGAAUAUAUUCCAAGUUGGAUUUAUAAAAUAUCAAGGACACGAUCAAAUUGGAGUGCCGCCCUCCAAACGCUCGAGGGUCAUUCGAGUUGGGUUAGGUCUGUUGCCUUCUCACCAGAUGGUACAAAAGUAGCUUCGGGCUCUUACGAUAAAACAAUCCGGCUUUGGGAUACAGUCACGGGCGAAUCGCUUCAAACGCUCGAAGGUCAUUCGAUUUGGGUUUCUUCAGUUGCCUUCUCACCAGAUGGUACAAAAGUAGCUUCGGCCUCUUACGAUAAAACAAUCCGGCUUUGGGAUACGAUCACGGGCGAAUCGCUUCAAACGCUCGAAGGUCAUUGGAGUUGGGUUUCUUCAGUUGCCUUCUCACCAGAUGGUACAAAAGUAGCUUCGGGCUCUCGCGAUGAAACAAUCCGGCUUUGGGAUGUAGUUACGGGCGAAUCGCUUCAAACGCUCGAAGGUCAUUGGAGUUGGGUUAACUCAGUUGCCUUCUCACCAGAUGGUACAAAAGUAGCUUCGGGCUCUCGCGAUCAAACAAUCCGGCUUUGGGAUGUAGUUACGGGCGAAUCGCUUCAAACGCUCAAGGGUCAUUCGUAUUUCGACACAUCCUCAAUAUUUGAACAGUACUAUAUAUCAAACCAUUGGAUAGUUGAAAGCAUCAAUCGAAUGCAAUUGUCCCCAAAGAAAUCCAUCGAUACAGCAAUAUUACUCACUACCGAAAUCGAAAGAAAUUCAAGAUCCAAGAAAAAAACCUCAACUCUCUUCCUGGAUGUUAAAGGUGCCUUUGAUCAUGUAUCUAUGAACAAAUUAUUAGAUAUCUGCAAGAACCUAAACCUCCCAACCAGCCUAAUCGCCUGGAUCUCAUCUUUUUUGAAGGAAAGGCUACUCAAGCUCUCAUUCGAUGGCCAAAUUGAAACCUUCAAACCGAUCAAUACCGGGAUCCCCCAAGGCAGCCCUAUUUCGCCAAUCCUCUUCUUAAUUUAUAUUCGAGAUCUAUUCUCAGCAAAUUCAAUCAAAUAUCUCUCAUAUAUAGAUGAUAUAGCUUUAACAACAUUUUCAACAUCCUGGAAAAAGAACAUCAUCUCCCUCGAAAGAGCAACUAAACAGAUAUAUGCUCUGGGCAAAGAAAAUGCUAUUCAAUUUGAUCUAGCGAAGACGGAACUAAUACACUUCUCUACAUCCAAAGAUACGAAGACAGCCUCAAUCAAGCUUCCGAACGAGGAAAUAAUUCAACCCUCAACAUUAGUUAGAUGGCUAGGCAUAUGGUUCGACCCUGGCCUCAGUUUCAAACAACAUGUCACAAUCCGAGCUACCCAGGCUAAAACCUCAUUCUACCGAAUGGCUAGACUUGCUAAUUCUGAAAAAGGCCUUAGUCCCAAGGCAAUGAGACAGCUCUAUAUGGCAUGCGUCACCAGUAUAGCUGACUACGGUUCAAUUUUAUGGUGGAAAGGGCAAAACCAAUUCAAGAAAAUCCUUCAAUCCCUGCAAAACCUCGCCCUUCGAAAAAUCCUAGGAGUAUUCAAAACCUCACCAAUAAAACCAAUGGAAAUAGAAGCCGCAUUGUGCCCUCCAGAAGUAAGGCUAAAUGCUGGAAUCAAACAAUACGCCUUCAGAUUAUUGAAAAUCUCCCCUUCUCAUCCCGUCAAUUUAAUAGCUACAAAGCUGGCUACAGAAAAGGAGAAUCAAGAUGUAGUUGCAACCCCUCGAAGAAAGCAAUUAAAACCUACUCAACUCGAAAAGAUCAAAAAUUCAAUCCAGAAAGACUUCGAUCCUCUCACUUUAGAAGGAAUCCAUCAUUUCUACUUUCCUCCUUGGAAGAAAGAAGUUCCAUAUAAAGUCAAUAUCAGCAAAUUAGGAAAAGAAGAAGCUGCGAUGAUCCACAAUCUGGCUUUCAAAUAUAGGUGCAAAAAUACCAUUACAAUAUAUACCGAUGCCUCAUCCACUUUAGAGGGAAUAGGGAUUGGGAUCGGGAUAGCGGUUAUCUUACCAAAUGGCCGAAUUUCACAUCAAGAGACUAUCAAUAUAGGUGUGAAUCAGCUUGUCUAUAAUGGGGAGCUCCUAGGAGUUACUAAAGCGAUCGAAUACGCAAAUUCAAUAGCCCAGCCAGGAAACAAGUUCAAGAUAUACUCAGAUAAUCAAGCAGGAUUAUUCCGGUUGAAAACCCCCUCCGAUUUACCUGGUCAAUCAUGCCAAAUCAAAGCUAUAAAAGCUGCGGAAGCUAUUCAAAAUAAAGGAGCCGAAAUCUCUCUCAAUUGGGUCCCCGGACAUACAUUUGUACAAGGAAAUGAGCUAGCUGAUUCUCUUGCAAAAGAGGCGACCAAAAUACCAUCCUCAUCUCACGAAACCAGUUAUGCCUCCAUUGGAAUGAAUAUAAAAAGAAUUGUUGGUACGAGAAGGAUACGGAAGACGUAG